UAUAAACUUUCUGCCUGAACUAUUUCCAAAUUUUUAAUUCUCUUUACACUUCCCUGUUGUUUAGUUAACGGGAUGAAUAGUUUUAAAUGUUAUAAUUAAUUUAAGUGAAUAAUAAAGGGAUUAAAAGAGUAUUCAAGAUGGGUGGAUGCAGAUGUACAUACAGAAACUGCAGCGUUAAGACAGAUGGGAAGACACAUAUGUUUCAUUACCCUGUGUUUGAUAAGGUACGAUGUCAUCAAUGGUUGGUAAAUGCCCAGAGGUUGGACUUUCUUGAUCUGAAAGUAUCCCAGUUAAAGAACAGAUGUGUAUGUCAGCAUCAUUUUAGAGAAGAGAACUUCAUGAAUUAUAAGAAAGAAAAGCUAAUUUUUGAUGCAGUUCCAACUUUAAAUGGUCCUUUUUGUGAUCCUAGUAAAUUUGUGGCAUUAGAGGAUCCUAAAGAAUAUCCCAUUCCUAUACUUGUCGAAGAUAUUGAAAAUGACUUUGAUGUUAAUGACAAAAAAUCCAACUUUUCUUUAAAGUAUGGAGAUUUUUUGACCAACAAUGAUUUUGUAGACUCAAGUGCAAGAUAUAAUCGUAAUAAUAUUAAUCUGACCAAAGAUAAUGCUGGAGGAAAAAUCUCCAGUUUGUAUAAAAAUGGCAAAGAUAAAAGAUUUCCUGAACCUCAAAAUACACGACCCACAAGAAAGGUUAAAAAAGGACCAGCUCAACCUACACUGGCAGUUCCACCUUACUCAGAUUUAAGCAAUGAACUUAAAAUGGGAAAAGAACUAAAUUUAGAACAAAACUUAAUUCAUUCUCAUUUAAAUUUAAAGUUUGAAGACAAAAAUUCUGUACCAGAAAAUAUAUGUGCUAUUCCAUUGCCACUAUCGACUGAUGUUACUCCUAAAUCAAUACCAUCUGGAAAGAAACCAAAAGUAACAAUUUUGUCAGAAAAGAAAAUAGAAGAACCCAUAGACAUUAGUACCAUUCAAGGUAAAUUUGAAAUUAUAUCACCAUCUCGUACUUUGACUUUGCCAGAUAAAAGCUCUGUUUUAAAAGUUCCAAGAGAGCCUGAAAUUACACCAAAUACAUUGAUAGUAGAACCUGAUACUAAGCCAUCUGAAAAACUAAAAAUAUUGGAAGUUCUGAAUGUGGAGUUUGAUUCUGAAUUUGGUAAAGGUGGCAAUGUGCAAAAUAAAACGAUUACAGAUAAAAUAGAAAACAUAUUGCCUCAGUCGCCUUAUAAAAAAUCGGCACAGAUAAAAUAUAAAGUGACACCUGAAAGAAGUGCUGCCAUUGAAAAAAAGAGAAAAUUCAAUAUGAAAUUGAAAGAUAUAAUAGAAUCAUGUCUGGACAAACUAGAUGAUCCUGCAAAGAAUUAUUCAAUUUUGCCAAAUCUCACAACACAUCCCAGUUACAGCAACUUCAAAUCAACUCAACCAAACUUUACUUUCAAUGAAGAAAUAAAAUUGCCUGAAAAGCCUGAAACAAAGCUACUUAGAGAAAAUAAUGAUUCAAACUUUGAAGAUAAUAAAGGUUUGCGUACUGUUCAAGAUAGCACAAUUGCUUAUUUAGAAGAGAGGAUGAAAAAAAUGGAAAGUACUUUGUUGAAUAAAAUAGCACAAAACUCACAACAAAUCAUUGAUUUCAAGAAUACAUGGACCAAAGAUUCCACUCAAGAUAAAAAGAAACGUAAAGAGUCUAACAAGAGAAUUGUGUCAACCCAAACUAAUGAAAACGAAAGUUGUUAUAAAAAAUAUUUAUAUCAGGAGAUAUCAAAGUAUUUAAGUCCCAGUUCAAGCAGUAUCAUUUAUGAAGAACUAUUUAUAAACAAAUAUUCAUGUGAAGAAGUGAAUAUACCUUUAACAAGAAAGCGUAGAAAAUGUAUUUGAUUUUUUAAAGUAUUAGUUCUAAGUGUUAUAUCACGAAAUAGUGUAAAAAUAGGAAAAUAAAAGCAAUUAGUUAAAUAAAAUGAUUUAUGAUAGA